GGAUCCUGAGGUUCAUACUGCUAUCUUCCAAGGGUCAUUUGGACUUUCGGUAGUCACUAAUAAACCUAGAAAACGAUAGAAUGGUCAUAUACUUGACUUAUGGGUUGCUGUUUGCAUACUUUGUUUUGCCUGGAAUCUUACUUGGGGAUUUGGCUUUCCGAUGCCCAAGUUGUACUGCGGAGCGACUUGCUGCGUGUCCCAAAGUCACAGCAGUAUGUACAGAAAUAGUGAGGGAGCCAGGCUGCGGCUGCUGUCCAGUAUGUGCCAGGCAGGAGGGGGAGCUUUGCGGUGUCUAUACGCCAAGGUGCUCCAGCGGCCAAAGGUGCUACCCAAGUACGGAGGCUGAAUUACCUUUGCAACAGCUCAUCCAGGGUUUAGGACGAUGUGGACAAAAAGUGGACAUGGAUGUCACGACAAGUCUGGACAACCAGGCUACAAAUGAGGUGCAUGGGACUGAGAAUCCACUCACCAAAAGACCUGCCAUAGAUGCUUGGAUUUGGCAGGAGUCUGCCAGGAAACAACACCAGAAUGAGCGCAGAACCAAGAUGAAGACAAAUCAACUAGAAGACCCUCGAACCCAGAAAGAGCCUCAGAGCGCCUGUCAGCAGGAGCUGGACAAGGUCUUAGAGGAGAUCUCCAGAAUUACCCCUGAGGAUAACAGAGGCCCGCUGGAGAACCUGUAUGGGCUCAAAUUUCCAAACUGUGACAAACAUGGACUGUACAACCUCAAACAGUGCAACAUGUCCACCCACGGCCAGCGGGGCGAGUGCUGGUGCGUUAACCCUUUAACUGGGGUCCAGAUUCCAGCGACGCCUAAAGUCAGAGGGGAUCCUAACUGUAACCAGUUUGAGGAGGAGCUCAGAGCAAUGCCCACUGCAGCUACGUCUCACUAGCACAGUCUAGAACAUCUUAUGACAGGGUUGGGUUUUCUUCAAGAAAUCUGGGAAGAUUUUUCCAUCAACAAGCUUAUUCUAUCAACAUGUAAAGAAGUCCCUAUAUUUGAAGGCUUUGUCUCUAUUUUACACUAGGUUUAAGGUUCAUAUGAAACUAAAGGAUAAAGUUGUUGUUAUUCUGUUUUUCCUGUUGUCAACAAAGCCCAUGAAAAAACUAAAACCAACAAUGUAUUAGUGUGUCUCUCAAUGCUUUCUGACUUCCCCAGCUUGUCAUUUUUUUUAAGUAAUGUCCUGAAACAGAUGGGCACUGUAGUUUUUAGCAAAUGUUACUCAAACUUAAAUUAGUAAAUAGUUCAUUUGUUUGAGACUAUUUUUAGCUGUGGAUUAAUACACAUUUGGUGUGCUAGGAAGUAUUUAUGAAUUUAUGGCAGCAGGACAGUUUAUGUGGGAUUGACUCAAACUACAGAGCUCAUUCUCCAUCCUCACUGUAAUGAAAAAAACAUGCCACCCAGUGCGUUAAUAGAGGAAUAAGUUGUAUCAGGCUUUGGCUACACAGACAGUACCAGCCAGUAGGAUCUAGUCAUUGUUGUUUCUGUCAUUUCAUGGGAUUUGUGGACAAUAAAAAGACAUAUAUAGAAUAUUGUAAACACAACAUCAUUAUUGUAAACACGACACUAUUAUUAUCAUUUGGAGUUGUGUUUUUGACCUCCUGACAUGUCCAAUAUUCAUUCAUUGUUUUAACUCUCUUUUGAUCUCCACCAGC